GGACAGCCGAAGUAGUAUUAUUUGCACAUCCAACUCAAUGUGAUUCAUGUUUAGUAUUAACCAAUGGGCAUGAUUGGAAGAAGAGCAAUGGUACUUGAGCAAGAGACGUGUGGCGUCAAGAUAAGUUACACGUGUUAAAGUGCAAGGGUCUCUCAGGCUAACCUCAAAACUGGGGCUUCUAUCUUUGAGAUUACCCAUAUAUAAGAAGUGGUUAGAGUGAAGCGUAGGCGCUCCCAGGACACUCUCCUUGUUUUUGGAACAUUUCUUUUGUUACUAGCCUGUUUCUCAAGAUGUCGUGUCGUUUACUGGGUGUGCUGAGAAGGCGGGAUAGUUUUGGCACAGCUGCAGUAGGGUUUCGCUCCCUGGCUUCCAUUCCCCCGCUCCCCCAAGCUGUGGUGGAAUUUGUCUCUGGUGCUGUGGCAGAAUGCAAUCCUGCUAAAGUGCAUGUGGUGACAGGCACACCUGAAGAGACAGCAGACAUUUUGGCUGGCAUGGAAAAAGAAGGCAUGGUGAAAAAAUUGCAGAAAUAUAAGAACUGCUGGCUGGCCCGCACAGACCCUAAAGAUGUGGCUCGUGUAGAGAGUAAGACAGUGGUAGUGACUAGGCAGCAGAGAGACGCUGUUCCCAUUCCAAGUAGCAGCAUCAAGAGCCAGCUUGGCAACUGGAUGAGUGAGAGUGACUUCCUGAAAGCAAGAGAGGACCGUUUCCCAGCCUGCAUGACAGGUCGGACAAUGUAUGUUAUCCCUUUCAGUAUGGGUCCGGUUAACUCCUCAUUGGCCAAAUUUGGUGUUCAGGUAACGGACUCUCCAUAUGUGGUAGCCAGCAUGGGAAUUAUGACUCGCACAGGCACACCUGUCAUGGAGAAACUUGCACAAGGGGUAGAGUUUGUGCGUUGCCAACACUCAUUGGGCAGACCUCUGCCACUUAAAGCUCCGUUGGUGAACCAGUGGCCUUGUAAUCCAGAGAAGGUGUUGAUUGCACAUCUCCCAGACAGCAGGCAGAUCCUGUCUUUUGGAAGUGGCUAUGGUGGAAAUUCACUUCUUGGAAAGAAGUGUUUUGCCCUCCGUAUUGCCUCUUGCAUUGCCAAAGAUGAGGGAUGGCUGGCUGAACACAUGCUGAUUUUAGGAAUCACAAAUCCCCAGGGUGUCAAACGGUAUUUUGCAGCAGCUUUCCCAAGUGCCUGUGGGAAAACCAAUCUGGCCAUGAUGAAGCCAGCACUGCCAGGUUGGAAGGUGGAAUGUGUGGGAGAUGAUAUUGCUUGGAUGAAGUUUGACAGUCAGGGCAAACUCCGAGCCAUUAACCCAGAGAAUGGGUUCUUUGGUGUCGCUCCUGGCACCUCCGUGAAGACAAACCCUCAUGCCAUGAAAACCAUUUCUGAGAAUACAAUAUUCACAAAUGUGGGUGAGACCAGCGAUGGUGGAAUUUGGUGGGAGGGCCUUGAUCCUCCUGAACCUGGCAUUACUCUAACAGACUGGCAUGGAAAGCCCUGGAAAUCUGGUUCGUCUAUGCUGUGCGCGCACCCUAAUUCCAGGUUCUGUGCUCCUGCAGCCCAGUGUCCCAUCAUAGACCCCCUUUGGGAGAGUGACGAGGGAGUGCCUAUUGAUGCCAUCAUAUUUGGUGGAAGGAGACCAGAGGGAGUGCCACUGGUGUAUGAAACUUUUAACUGGAGCCAUGGAGUGUUUGUGGGUGCUGCCAUGAGAUCUGAGUCUACAGCAGCUGCAGAACAUAAAGGUAAAAUGAUCAUGCAUGACCCAUUUGCUAUGCGCCCUUUCUUCGGCUACAACUUUGGUGACUACCUGGCUCACUGGCUAAGCAUGGAGACAAGAAAGGACCCCACCCAGCUCCCAAAGAUCUUCCAUGUGAACUGGUUCAGAAAAGAUCCUAAGACCAAUUCCUUUCUGUGGCCUGGUUUUGGUGAGAAUGCUCGGGUCCUUGAGUGGAUCUUCCACAGAUGUGGCCGCACCACUGAAGAUGAAGCUGCUAAAAAGAGCAUUAUAGGUUGGCUGCCUCAAGAGGGUGCCAUCAACACAAAAGGCUUGGGGAAGAAAGUGGAUAUGGGUGCACUCUUUGAUGUUCCUAAAACGUUCUGGCAGAAAGAAGCCCACGAGCUCCGAGCCUACCUCACCCAGCAGGUGGGGGCUGACCUGCCUGAGCAGGUGGAGGGAGAGCUGAGGGCAUUGGAGGAAAGAGUAAGGAAUUAAGAGACAACAAGAUGGUGAUUCAAUGUAUAGUACCUUAAACAUUUGCUGCAUUGUGGCAAUAGUUUAGUAAGGCACAGGGCUGAGUGAGAGAAGUAACUAAUUUUUAAAGCUACUACUUGUAAUUCUGUACUAACCUAAACGAAAGACCAAUCACAAACAUGGGAGGCAUAGGAGCAUUAGUUUUGCUCACUGAGAGCAGGAUUUUGAGGAAAUUUCAUCUCAGUCUGUGAUGUUGUGUUUUGAUGGCUUCCAUUACAUUUUCCAAACACUCUGUUGGAUGUUUACAAACCACAGUCUCAAAUAUCGUCUUUUAUUGUGUUCUGUCACAGUUACUUGAAAUGAAAAACAUGUGUAGGACUAAACUUGAGGGAUGGAGUGUGGAAUUCAGUGAAUCUAUUUUAUAAAUCAAAUGGUAAUGGUGCUUAAGAUCUGAUCUGACUUAAUAAACCACUUAUAAUUUGUCAGUUUA